UCGAAAUGAAGAACAUAAAUUCUGUGGCCGUGCUCGCCAGCUUGCUUAUUUUAUAUUCAGAAGCUGGGUCGGCAGAUUUGCUUUUUGAGAAAUGCGGAGGGAUGCGGGGAAAUCCCACGGAAACUCUGGGUCCCUGGACAGCUCUUUUGCACGAGAACGGAACUAUCUUUUGCGCCGGAACCCUGAUCACAAAUCUGUUUGUUCUGACUACUGCAAGCUGUAUCAAAGCUAACAAGACUGUAAAAGUUCGAUUGGGACAAUUCGGACGGGAUAGGGGCGAGUUUCCCGAGGAUCAUAUGGUGCGCUUUUCUCUUAGGUAUCGGUACUUUAACAAAGGCAUUCCGGGCAACGACAUUGGCCUUCUGAAACUUACCAAACAAGUAGAUCUCAAAGAUCAUAUAUCUCCGGUCUGCAUCAUCCUGGGUUCGCAACAGAGGUCGGUCUAUGACUUCAUUGGAAGUGCCUGGAACCAGAUCAAGGAUGAGUACAUCGCAAUGGAGCUCCGCCCCAUAAGAAUCAGGCCUAAUUCGCAAUACUGCCAGGAACUGAACGUUUACAACCAGUUCUGUGCUGGCCAUCCCUUUAACUCAGGGUCCUGCGAUGGAAUCACCGGCUCGGCGCUUAUCCAAAACUAUAGAAACACGAACCAAGAAUCAGCUGCUCAGCUGAUCGGCAUCGCGACCGCGGACAACAUGGAGUGCCAGGGAGCCCAAGCAUACACCAACGUAACUGAACUCCAGGUGUGGAUUGCGAGUGUCGUGUCGGUUUUUACACUUUAUAAUCCCACAUCCAGCUAUCUUGCAAGUCAGUUUUCCGAACAGAUCUUCGCUUAA